AUUGUAUAAUCAUGCGCUUGGGAGACCUUAAGCUUGUGGACAUCUCGCUUCCUACUUGCAGGCGCCGUUGAGGCCCCUGCCCUCCACCCCGACUUUAUGCCCAGGGGCUGGUAGAGGUGACAUCGGACUGAAGGAAACUCUGGAUGACUCGCUCAUCCCGAUGGUGGUGACGACCAAGGUUGUCGUUCUCCUCCUUGCAGGCGCCGUCGAGGUCCCUGCCCUCCACCCCGACCCCAUGCCCAGGUAAACACCCCAAAUCUUGGGCGGCGGGACUACAUGUGUCGAGCCCUUCUUGGAGGCGCUGCCUGGUGCGUUCGGAAGCUCGGUUAGAGGAAAUGCAGAAGAAGGAGCGGCGUGGCAUCUGGCACAUUGACAACGGCGGGUCUCUGCGGCAUGGACCAGCGUGGGUGUGUGAUGAUGGACAAGCGCAGGAUGGUGGCAUUGUCUGGGUCAUGGUGGCAUUGACGACAGCUAGGCCUGGCAAGGUCGAUGCGUCAGUACAACUCUGAAGAUGAAUCGGUGGAAGACGGCGGCGGCGGCCUCUGAGAGGGCGCCGGACCGGUGUGUGUCUCAGACCCGGCAAUGUGGAUUGGUUGGAGUCUCCGGUUUUAGAUGUUAGGCUAUGGUGCAAGGUCUGUUUGGUAUUCGGCUCGGACUAUCGGCACCCUUCAUCAAGUAGAGAGGAGUAGCGAUAAAUGUUGCCAAGAUGGUGGCUUCAGGCGUACUGAUAUAUUACUUUGUAAAGCCUUUGUGAACAAGUAAUAAAAUGGUUGCAUGCAUCGUCCAGACGUAGAGAGAGGGUUUUCCUCCUUUUCUUAAAAAAUCUCGGGUCCUACUUCUCCGUUCUACAUUCAUGCAUAGCGACAUCAUCAUCAUGGAAGAAUAAGAGCACGUCGACAGCAGGGAAGAAUGUGCUCGGCGGUCACAAAUAAAUGCCAUGAGCAUGUGGUUCUAUACUUUUGAGCUUCAAGUCGCCGACACAGGGUAUACAUCAUGAAAAGGAGGAGCAUUAAUAUCCAACAUCAACAGUAAAAAUCAUUCAUGCAUGAGUGAGAGAUUAUGAAUCAGAGACUUUGGACAAUGUAGUGCGUAUUAGUUUCUUGCAAGAAUUCCACAAUGUAGUGCGUAUGAAGCACUUUGGACAAGAAUUACCCCUAGCUUUUCACUGGAGAUGCAGCACAUCCACAUGGCUAUGUACGGAGAGUGUGCAUGCAGGGUUACUAUGGUCUAGAAGUACAUCUCCACGUCAUGCCUUGGUCUUGGAGCCUCAAACCAUGCGCACUACAUAUUGGACUAGAGGGAGUAUAUGGGACAUACAUGUUCAAUUAAGGUACUACUUAGUGACACCACAUGCCGGAGACCAGUCUUAUUUAAGCAGCAGGAGCGCCCAUGUUUCUGCGCCAGCAAGUACAUCAUAUCAUCCAUCGACAUUACUUAUCACAGCAAGUACAUCCUGUCUCUACUCUAGCAAAAGAACAGAAACAACCAUGCAAGGUCCUAGCACCAGCACCAAGUCCUUCAAGCAGGCCUUCGUGAAGAACCUCCUCCUCCGCCUCCAGCUACAGGCACGCCCGAACACGUCCUUCGGCGGCACCAGUAGCCUCCACGAGAGGAAGCGCGCCGUCAAGUCCUCCAUGGACGUCGCUAUGGCGACUGCGCAUGGCGGCGGAGCGAGGUGGCCCAAGGCCAUCUUGGAUCCGGCGUCCAGAGCGUGCAAGGUACAGAGGUGCCGGAGGAUCAUGAGGAGGUGCCGCAGCUGCAAGAGGAGCAACGUUGUGGGGAGGCUGGUGAGGAGGAGGAUGACGACGCUGAGGGAGGUGAUACCAGGAGGCCGGGACUCCGCAGUCGACGAGGUCACCCUGCUCUGCGAGGCGAUGGACUAUGCCGUUCACCUGCGUGCUCAGGUCGACGUACUCCGCCGGCCCUCCGAAGCCAUGUAAAGAUCCAGCUCGAUGGCUCGGCUGGUUCGUCAAAACUUUAGUUGCUCAAUUCCAUUUACGGAAAGUAGUGGCUACUCUGGGGUGUAGUACACCCGAGUUAGCAAAAGAUUGAAAAAUUGUGAUCAAACAUUGUCCAAAAAAUCUGAAAUUUUGGGACAGGAAACAUUAUCACGCGGCUGAGGUUCUUGCAAAAUUUCAUCUAA